CAGCUUGUCAGAGUCUGGGGUGAGGUGGCGGGGAAUCCCGCUGCUCAAGCCGCGUCACUGAGCUCGAUCACCGCCCACAGACUCGGUGAUCUCCGGCGCUCUUCCACACAACUGCAAUCAUGUUGUUCCACGCAAUAAAUCUGAUACUGAUUAGUGGGGCUCCUUUCUGCUGUUUAGCGUCUAAACGGCUGGCUUUCACAUUGUACAGAUCUGAACUUAAAUAGUGAAACGGACAGAAUUCCCCGACCAUCCACACCCUGACGCGAGAGGCGCUCAGACCGGAGAGGAAGGCUCUUAUUCGGUCAGAUGGCGUGCCGCAGUCCGCCCACGCGUUUCUCGCGCCCACACAGGCAGCGAAAGGAGCGUCAUUAACUCACCGCUACUGCCAGCACAGCAGAGCAUAGCAGAGACAACACCAGAGUUUCAAGAACAUUUUAGUCCAAUCUUACAUCUGUAGAAUAAGGUCUAACAAGCACAGAAAACAAAAAUAAUUUACGCGUCAGAGGCGUAAAGACACACGUCUUUUAACAGAAGGAAAAGUUUGACUGAUAUUGGGUUGAGUUUCAGAAUCUGAUAAGAGUCGGUCGUUUGGCUCCUGUAAGCUGAAGUGUUCUGCUGGAUCCUGUCUUGAAACCUCUCGAGCCGAGCAUCAGGAUGUCACUACCUCGGACGCUUGGCGAGCUGCAGCUCUACAGAGUUUUACAAAGGGCCAACCUACUGAUGUACUAUGACACCUUCAUCCAGCAGGGAGGAGAUGAUGUCCAACAGCUGUGCGAGGCUGGCGAAGAGGAAUUUCUCGAGAUCAUGGCACUGGUUGGCAUGGCCACAAAACCCCUGCAUGUGCGGCGUUUGCAGAAGGCUCUGCGCGACUGGGCAGCAAACCCAACACUGUUUAACCAACCCCUGGCCACCAAUGUGGCCCCUUGUGGAGUCCCUCUGCUUAGGAUCAACAGCACCAGCCCUGCUGGCUCAGGGGUUAUUGGUGGAAGAAAAUCUUUAAGCAAUGGUCAGCCAAGCUCUCCGUGUGAAAGAGAGGAAGUAGGAUCUUGCCUUACGCCGCUCAGAGAUAACAGUCCAAAGAGCCCCUGCUCACAGGCAUCUCCUGUACCUUCAGACCAUCUGUACAGAGAAAAACUGUCCCCCAUGGAUCCUCACUGGCUCACUCCUGAAAUGUAUGGAGCAGCUGAGUUAGAUGAAGAACAGCCCAUUACCCAUCUGCCUUUCGCUUGCCACUCGCGUCUUCUUGGUCCUCCGACACCAACUUCUUCUUCAUCCUCCUCCACGAUGACCUCUCCAUGGCCCGGAGGUCAGCUGGACCCAGAGACGGUUAAAGCCGUGGAGGAAAGCGUUGAUAGGCUUCUAAGAACCAUGCCGCAAGCAGAUCAAACCGAGGUAAAGACGCUUUUGAGACUCAAUAAGAAAAUGGCCAAGACGGUGGGACACAUUUUCAACCUGGAAGCUCAAGACCAGAGCAAAGAGGAAGAGAUUCGCAAAUACAGCCUGAUCUAUGGCCGCUUUGACUCCAAGAGGAGGGAAGGGAAACAACUCACCCAUCAUGAGAUGCUCAUCAAUGAGGCUGCAGCUCAAUUCUGCAUCCGUGACAAUGCUCUGUUGUUACGUAGAGUUGAACUGUUCUCUUUAGCACGACAAGUGGCGAGAGAAUGUGCCUACACGUCAACAUUUAAACAUAACAGGACAUACUCAGAUGAUUGUUCUGCCUCUGUUGACUGUUCUGCUCAGAAGAGAAUCAAGCUUGAUAUCACAGAUUCCGACAGACUGUCUAAGGAUCCAGUAGCCAACAGUGACAACAGAUCUACAGCGGAUGACAACAGCCUCUCUGGAGAAAGUCUAGAUAGCAUAACACCAGAUAUCAGCCCUCAGUUGCACCCCUCCUCAUCCCCUCACCCCCUCACCGACACCACUGGCCUCAUCAACUGGAGUCGCCAGCUCAUGCAACAAACUCUCAUGGAUGAGGGCCUCAGAUUGGCUAGAAUGGUGUCACGUGACCACGCAAGCAAAGUCAGCCUAGGGUCAGAAAAGAGACAGAUUUCAGAGAUGGAGGAGAAAGUGUCAGAGAGGAGAGGAUCGAGUAACAGAAGCCACAGUCCAGCAAACACCAAAGACGACCCACAACUGACAAUCUGCAAGUCUCCGUGUUGAACUCAGGUUGGAUAUCAUUUCUUAAUGCAGCCGUGGUGUUCAGUUCGCUAUGUUGAAUAGUCCUGUUGUAGAAAACCUGUAUGCACCUUAUCAUGUUCUUUGAGAACAUUUAAAGACAUUUAGCAGAAAGUUCUUGUGUCUUUGCAAAUGAGAUUUGAUCCACAUUCAGCUUAGUGCAAGCAACAAGUGUUACAAAUAUAUUCCAUAUUCUCUGUCAGGUUAUAAUGUCAGUAAAAAGCUUCAAUGGUGCUAAAUUUGUGUCAUGCAAAUUCUACAAUGAAAUUGCAUUACCUAAACCUUAAUUUAUUAGGACAGAUGACAUGCUUCUCGUUCUAAGUGGAGCUGUGAGACGCUGGGAUUUAGGUCUCAUUACAUUUACUGUUUCUUGUUUUAAUGGAUUUCUAGCAAAAGUUUGGGAGAAACACUCUUAUUUUAUCCAACUAAUCACAGUGCUAGAAUAAGCAAACCGCUCAAACACUUUAAGAUGUACAGCGAUUAUAUUAACAUGUGAAAUCCUGAAAUUGAACCCUUACACUAGUAACACACUGAUGCAGUAAAUAUGAAUAUUUCAACUCUAAAUGCACAUCGAGUUUUCAUAGGUUACAAAAUGUAAAUGGUUCAAAUGAAUCAUGGAGGAAAAUCCUACUCUCGCUGUUUAAAGGAUGAAUGGCUAAUGCGAAUAAUGAAUAAGAAUUGUGCAUUUCAGCGCUAAUGUUAGAAAUAGAUCUGUGGCCUCUUUAAUGACAGAAUAUUUAUUUUUCAAUUUCUCAAUAAAUUAUGUUGUGAUGUC